AUGGAGAAAAAUAAUGGGUCUAAUCGGGAGAAAUUCGCACCAAGAUUUGAUGAGUUAAGGUUCAUCGAGACCCUUGUAACAGCUCACGAGAUAAUUAUAGACCAUCCAUUUGUUGAUCUCCAUGUCGGCAAUAUGAUAGCUGUUCGCAAAUGGGCAGGCCAUAUUAUUGACCAUCGUAGAUUUAACACAAGUGCUGACUUGGUGUAG